AUGGGAGUGGUCGCCGACCGCUGGGCGCGCUCGGACCUGCCUCUGGUGGACUCGCUCCUCGAGGAGUACUUCGAGCAGUUCUGCCGCAACGGCAGGGGCAAAGCGGGCGCUCGCUACGCGCUGGCCGCGCUGGCCCGCAGGUUCGGCGUCUGGCUGCGCGUUGCCGACGUCUUCCCGAAGGCCAAGGGCGCCCUCGCCGACUGGGGCAAGCUCGAGCCGGACGUCACCUCGGAGCCGCUCUGCUGGGCGGCCGCCACGUUCAUGGCCCAGCACCCUGCAGGGCUUGGGGCCGAGGCCGGCCUCAAGGCGGCCCGUGGCCCCGUCGUCCAGUUUGACGCGUACGUCCGCCCUGGUGAGCUGCCAGAGUUCCCAGUUCCGCGCUGCCUCUUUCCGCGGCCGAACGCGGGGGCUGCAACAAAAUGGGCCGAGUCGUCCAGGCGUCCGCGCCGGUCGCGGGCGACACCACGCGCGCCAGGGUCGCCAAGACGGGGCUGCAGGAUGAGACCGUGCUGA